AUGCGCCCGCGAACCCGCGACGAGUUCGAGAUCGCCAUUAUUUGCGCACGCACCUUAGAAGCUGAUGCUGUUGAAGCCCUGUUCGAUGAAAAUUAUGACAAAUUCGGCAAAAUUUACGGCAGACAAUUUGGGGACCAAAACGCAUAUAUUACUGGAAGGAUUGGUCCGUACAAUAUUGUUCUAUGCUAUCUACCGGGAAUGGGGAUAGGAAGUGCGGCAGGUGCGACGGCCAAUCUACGAGUCAGCUACAACCGAAUUCAGCUGGCUCUGGUGGUCGGUAUCUGUGGGGCCGUUCCAUUCCCAUCUAGCAAUGCUGAGAUUGUACUGGGAGACAUUAUUGUCAGUGACAGUGUGAUCCAAUACGAUUUUGGCAGGCAAUACCCUGAUGGAUUCCGGCGCAAGAGUGAUGUUAAAGAGACGCUGGGGCGACCGAGCCAAGAGAUUCGAGCCUUCCUUGCCGGCCUGAAGGGUCGCAAAACACGGAGCGAACUACAAGAGCAGACCUACAAACACCUCCAGACACUUCAAGCGCUAUCAGGCUCAGAGUGGCAGCAUCCAGGAACUGUGCAUGAUGUGCUCUUUAAAGCAUCCUACCGCCAUAAGCACUACCAGCAGGGCCCCAUCACUCAGUGUACCUGUUUCAACUGCAAGUCCAGUAGUGACACCGUAUGUGAUGACGCCUUAAUGAAAGAUUGUAAGAGUCUUGGAUGUGCUGGGGCGUUGAUUCAACGGAACCGGCUUAGAGCUGAAUCUGUACAGCCUUACGUCUACAUUGGGACCAUUGCAUCUGCCAACACAGUGAUGAAAUCCGGGGAGCACCGCGACAAACUAGCUGAAAUGGAAAAUGUGAUUGGGUUUGAGAUGGAAGGGGCUGGGGUAUGGGAUAACUUGCCUUGCAUCCUCAUCAAAGGCGUGUGUGACUACGCGGACAGCCAUAAGAACAAAGUGUGGCAAGAUUAUGCUGCUGCUACUGCUGCAUCUUGUGCCAAAGCAUUUCUGGAGAUUUGGCCGGCCACUACAAAGAAAUCUACAAAUGCUCGGAGUUGGUUAGUUCCAUUUGAGCGAAAUGAGGACUUUGUGGGUCGUGAAUCACAACUUCAACAGCUGGAAGAAGGUCUUUUUGUUGAUGACCGCUUCUCAAAGAUGGCGCUCUUUGCUCUGGGGGGAUGGGCAAGACUCAGAGACAAGUAUCCAAACUGCUCGGUUUUUUGGGUGACCUCCACCAGUGCAGAGAGCUUUGAGCAAGCAUACCGAAUGGAAGACAAAACAGUAGAUGUCAAGAAACUGGUCAUGGAUUACCUGAAUGAUGAAAUUUCUUGUCAAUGGUUUAUGGUGUUUGAUAGCGUCGAUGAUAUUAACGCCUGGUUUGGAAAAUCAAACAUUGGCGGUUCUUACCGACUGGCAGACUACAUUCCAAGAAAUCACCAUGGUUGUGCGCUUUUGACCACACGUAGUGAAAGAAUUGCAAGAAACUUUGCUCGCCAUUCUGUCUUGAAGGCACCCGAGAUGGACACGAGCACAUCAUUACUUUUAUUAAGGAAAACUCUUGGCCAGGAAGAGGUCCUUGAUAAUGAUGACGAUACAAGUGAACUCUUAGAGAAAUUAUGCUUCAUUCCUCUUGCUAUCGUGCAGGCUGGUACAUAUAUAUCUAUGAACUACACUACCAUCCCUUACUAUCUCUCACUUCUGAAUGAUACCGAGGAGUGCCUCGUGAAGACGCUCUCAGAAAACUUUGAAGAUGAUUGGAGAUACCAGGAUCAGAAGAACCCAAUUGUGACGACUUGGAUUGUGUCAUUUGUGCAGAUCCAACGCGAAAACUCUUUGGCUGCAGAUUAUCUGUCAUUCAUAUCAUGCAUUGAACCAAAAACUAUUCCUCAUGCACUUCUUCCUCCUGGUCCAUCGAGCAAACAGCAGCUUGAGGCUAUUGCUUGUCUAAUUUCUUACUCCUUUCUCUCAAAGCAAGUCAGCAACAGCUUUGGUAUGCACCAACUAGUUCAUUUAGUAACAAGAAACUGGCUUAAGCAGACACAGAACUACGAAAGAUAUUAUAGGGAUGUUAUAUCCCGAUUCACAGAAGUCUUUCCAUUGCCAGUUCAUGAAAAUCGUGAUGAAUGGAGAACUUAUUUACCCCACAUCAAAUUCACAUUGUCACUUGAUCGGAUGCAGACCAAAGUUGAUCAUAGACUCCUAAGUAGAUAUGGUCAAUGUCUACUGACUGAUGGAAGGUACUUUGAGGCACAAUCACCCCUCGCGGAGGCAGCAGAAGCUACCAAGCAAGUGCUUGGAACGGAGCAUCCUGAUACACUGGCCAGCAUGGGCAAUCUGGCUUUGACAUACAUGAAACAAGGUCGAUUGAAAGAAGCUGAAGAGCUGGAGGUAGAGCUGACGGAGACUCGCAAGAUAGUAUUCGGAGCGGAGCAUCUAGAUAUUCUGACCAGCAUGGGCAAUCUGGCUUUGACAUACGCGAAACAAGGUCGAUUAAAAGAGGCUGAAGAUCUAGAGAUACAAGUGAUUAAGAUUCGCAAGAUCGUGCUUGGGGUGGAGCAUCCAGAUACACUGCUCAUCAUGGACAAUCUGGCAGUGACAUAUAUGAUUCAAGGUCGAUUAAAAGAGGCUGAAGAGCUACAUUUGCAAGUAACUGAGGCUCAUACAUUGACUAGCAUAGGCAACCUGGCAUCAUCGUACAGCAAACAAGGCCGAUGGAAGGAGGCUCAAGAUCUAGAGGUGCAAGUAAUGGAGACUUACAAGGUUCUACUUGGAGCGGAGCAUCCAGAUACUCUGACCAGCAUGGGCAAUCUGGCUUUGACAUACAUGAAACAAGAUCUAGAGAUGGCGCUUGGGGUGGAGCAUCCAGAUACACUGAUCAGCAUGGGCAAUCUGGCUUUAACAUACAUGAAACAAGAGCUAGGGAUGGAAGUAAUGGAGACUUGCAAGACAGUGCUUGGAGCAGGGCAUCCAGAUACACUGGUCAUCACAGGCAAUCUGGCCUCGACUUACAGAAAUCAAGAUCUAGAGGUGCAACAUCCAGAUACACUGGUCAUCACAGGCAAUCUGGCAUCAACGUACAGCAAUCAAGGCCGAUGGAAGGAGGCUGAAGAUCUAGAGGUGCAACAUCCAGAUACACUGACCAGCAUGGCCAACCUCGCAUUAACUUGGAGAUUUAUGGGACGUAAGGAGGAUGCACUAAGGCUGAUGAGGAUAAGUUUCCAACUCAGAAAAGUACACACUCAAUCCGCGCUUUAUUCGUUGAAUGAAUGGGGAGCAGCUGAUUCGGAAACGGAUAAACAAAGCUAA